CUUCAUCAACAACAUAUGCUCGUUGAGAGCAAAUAUAGUUUCAGUGUAUCUCUCUAUAUCAUGCAUAUGUAACUAUCACUUAUUCACAUACACCUGAUGAGCUAGAAUCUUUAACUUGCCUUCUACUCACAUUUAUUUUCAAGAUUUCCUAAUUAACAAGAUAAGUAGAAGAUUCUUGUUACAUUUUUUCUUAUAGAAAAUUUAUAACGAUUGACAGGGAAGAGACAGUGCUCCGGGGAACAAGCCACUUCAAGCAGGGGAAGGUUUUAUAAGAAUGAAUCCAUGCAUGACGGCUCUAAGACAAGUGAUUCAUCAACCAUUGUUAAACUUCCAAGGAAACAUGGUCGACGGUCCGUUUUUCCGGCGAAAAGACAAGGUCGUUUUCGUCAUGGGAGCCACCGGAACUGGAAAAUCCCGUCUCGCCAUCGACUUGGCCACUCGUUUUCCGGCGGAGAUCGUGAACUCCGACAAGAUCCAAGUCUACAAAGGUCUCGACAUAGUCACCAACAAAGUCACUCCAGAGGAAAGCCUCGGUGUACCUCACCACCUUCUCGGCACCGUCCACGACACUUACGAAGAUUUCACGGCGGAGGAUUUCCAAAGGGAAGCGAUCAGGGCCGUUGAGUCAAUUGUCCAGAGAGACCGUGUCCCCAUCAUAGCCGGUGGUUCAAAUUCUUACAUCGAGGCUUUGGUCAACAAUUGCGUUGACUUCCGGUUAAGGUACAAUUGUUGUUUCUUGUGGGUUGACGUCUCUAGACCGGUUUUACACUCGUUUGUCUCGGAGCGAGUUGAUAAGAUGGUUGAGAUGGGACUAGUCGACGAGGUUCGCCGCAUCUUUGAUCCAUCUUCGUCGGAUUACUCUGCCGGGAUCCGCCGUGCCAUCGGAGUUCCGGAGCUAGACGAAUUUCUCCGGUCGGAGAUGCGGAACUAUCCGGCGGAGACGACGGAGAGACUUCUUGAAACAGCGAUCAAGAAUAUUAAAGAGAACACUUGUUUGCUUGCGUGCCGUCAGUUACAGAAGAUUCAGAGGCUUUACAAGCAGUGGAAAUGGAACAUGCACCGCGUCGACGCAACGGAGGUGUUUCUCCGGCGAGGAGAAGAAGCCGACGAGGCUUGGGAGAACGCUGUGGCUCGCCCGAGCGCACUCGCCGUCGACAGGUUCUUAAAUUACAACGACGACCUCCAUUUGGACGGCACCGAUAUUCUCCUACCGGAGAUCUCCGCUGUCCCGCCGCUCCCAGCCGCCGUAGCAGCGAUUUCACGGUGAGAAAAAAACGGAUGGACAAUAUAUAUAAUGACAAAAAAAAGGAAGUUUAAACCACAAUAAAUGACACGUGGCGAGACUGGUCGGAAAGAGGAUAUAACCAUGAUAAUGCCACGUGGCGAGAUGGGUCGUCGCUGUCUCGAAGAAGAUGAGAUGACGUUUUCAUUACAAAGUAUGUUGUUACUAAAAAAAAGUGUGUUACGGUUUAACGGAGAAAAAAAAGAACCAGUUUUGAGGGGAACUGAAGCGGACGCGCGGGGCGGACGCAGACAGUUGUUCCUUUGUUCUUUUUUUUUUUUUUUUUUUUUUCUUUUUCUUUCCGGUAUAGUGUACUUUAGGGGUAGGAUCUGGUCCCGAAUAGUGUACGGUUUAUACGGUGGAUUAGGCUAGGUUUAAGACAAAAAGAGCUCGUUGGUCAACGGCUCAACGCGGUUUGGCUCCAAAAAAGACUAAAAGAAUAAAGGGAUCCAACGGACUAAAAAAGGAGUUUUGUUUGGAAACAUAGACCCCACUUUUGACGGCGUGUUGCCGUCCGAUACGUGUGUGUUGGGUCCUCCAGUUGUGACGUGAUGCGGUUAUAAAUAAUUCAAUCAAACGGCUCUCAAGUGAUUA